AUGGGUAAUGAUGAUGUUUAUAAAACACAAACCAUUCUUAGAAAAGAAGAUUUCAUUGAAGAGAACAAGAUUAUAUUUAUUGAUGAUAAUUUUACAUAUAAUCUAUAUAAUAAUGAAUAUGAAAUUUUGGUUAAUGUGAAUGAAACGGUUGCAACAAUUAAUAAUGAUAUGAAUCAGGCAAGAAAAACUUUACAGGAAUUUUUCAGAGUAAUUAAUAAUACAGAUAGACUAUUGGAUUUAUGGGUAAAUAUAUUAUCACAAAGUAUUUAUAAUCAGCAAUUAAUAUCAAAUAAAUCAUGGCAAGGUUUAAUAAUGGAUCAUUAA